AUGAUCUCCCAGUGUGCGGGUGCCUAUAACCGUCCAUCCCCGCAGGGUCGGUACGCAGGUGAGCUAAAAAGCGUCUCUGUCCAGUCCAGAUGCCCAGAAGAUCCGGUCUUCCUCAUGUCCCAGGAAGACGUCAGCAAAAUCCCCAGGAAAACCGCCACGAUGUCUGCCGACAUGAAGGCGUCGAAGACGUGGACACGGAAGCGGAUGGUAUUCUUCAAUGCCUGCAUCCUUCCAGCCAUUGUUCUCGCUGCCAAAGGUGGUCUCUUGUGCUCCCCAGAGGCCACCGAUGUCUUCGAGGAAGACCCUACUCUGGACAAUCUGGUGCUGAAAGGUGGAAGCGAAGGGGACCGGCAUGGGGAGAGGCCUGCUGCCUCCCGCCAUGCUGGGAGCCGACGCUUCGAGCACCGGGACAUUGACCCCCCAACAGGCGUCAUGCAGUUGGGACAGGGGCCUCAGACUGGUCCUGGCGACAGCAUCCGCUGGCUCGUGCUCGGGCGCAGGUUCAGAUGGCAACAGGGCAAAGAGUCUAUGAGAGGGGCGAGAGGGGUCGUCCACAAUGCUGGUGGUCUUGUGAAUGCAGCGGUUUUUGUAUGCAGAGUUGAUGGUGGGAAGAGGAACUCUGAUGAUCUUUUCAGCUGUUCUUACCGCUGGCUGUAUAGUCUUGUUCCCGUACCACACGAAGUGGUUUACUUUGAUCAUUCAACGGAUUUCAGACUCAAAAUGGAAGAACGCGUGAAUGACAGCACAACAAAUGUUUACGACUAUGGAUAUGCUAUGGAUGAGAAUAUGUCAGAAACUGACCUGCGGGAUGUCUUGAGAUGCCCUUCCACUAAUUUACCAUUCUCUCAUAUCUAUCUGCCAAUGCUGUACUUCUUCAUGUUCUUCAUCGGUGUUUCAGGCAAUAUCUUUGUCAUCUGGGUCAUGUGUACGAAGCGCAAAAGCAGCCGGCUAGUGGACACUUUUGUCAUCAACUUGGCGUUGGCUGACCUGGUCUUUGUUCUCACCCUGCCAUUGUGGGCUGUGUCGGCGGCACAGAAACACAACUGGGCUUUUGGAGAAGGCAUGUGCAAACUGAGCAGUUACAUCAUCGCCGUGAACCGCUUCUCAAACAUCUUCUUCCUCACCUGCAUGGGUAUAGAUCGCUACUUGGCUGUGGUGCGCAUGCUGGAUUCACGCUACCUGAGGAGAAGUCAAUGCAUCCAGAUCACCUGUGGAGUUGUGUGGGUGUCCUCCUUCACACUGGCCACCCCCUCACUGGUCUUCCGCAAAACAACUCAGGUUGGAGAAGCCACUUUCUGCCUUGAGGAUGAGGAGUCGAUUUUGUUCCAGGUACUGAGCCUGGUUACUCUCUUCCUCACCUUUGUGCUACCAAUAUCAAUCAUCCUCUUCUGCUAUGGGUCAAUCCUCAUCCAGCUACAGCACCACAACGGUGUGGGUGGUGCUCGCACUGAAGACAGGCGUCGUCACUCAGUUAAGAUGGUUUUUACCAUCAUUGUGGCCUUUGUGGUCUCCUGGCUGCCUUUCAACUUUUUUAAAAGUGUUUUGAUCACCUCCCAACUGCAGGAAAUGGAGUUGUCCUGCAGAGUGGCGGCAUUCCUGGCCCGUGGCCUCAUUUUGUCUUCCAGCUUAGCCUUUCUUAACAGUUGUGCCAACCCAGUGAUCUACAUGCUUCUUGACCACCAUUUCAAACACAGUGCCAGGAUACUCUGUUAUGGCUGUAUGAGUGAACAGCAAGGGCAUGUCCUAUCUUUUCCAUCACCAUCAAGCUUUUCAGACAGCAUCUCCUGGCUCACCUUCCCACGAAGUCGCUCCAGGUCUGUCAGCAAAAGCUCACAUUUGGGUACCACAGUUACUAAGUGAUCUAACUUUUUCAAAAAUUAUAAGCAUAAACUGUC